UGCGCCAUACUAAACAAAACAGCAUGAGUGCUAAUGCUUUGCUUGGUGGAAAGGAGGAACAGCUGAUGAAUUCGUGUGUGUUCAAAUUGUGUUGUAGUGUUGCGACAGUGUAUUUGCUUCGGUCUUAGUGUAAAAGUAAAGUGGUAUCGGGUAAGAUGGCACAUGCAAGGUCCUUGCCACAAAGCAAGGAAGCGUUGCUAAAAUCGUACACGACAAGGCUGAGGGAUGAUGUUAAGUCUAUGCUGGAAAAUUUUGAUGAAAUAAUCAGAUUGUCGAAGGCGGAGAGUGAUACGCAGCUGUCGAAGAUGACACAGAGCGAACAAGACACAUUUGAAAUGCAUGUUCGAGCUGCUAAUAUUGUUCGCGCAGGUGAAUCUUUGAUGAAAUUGGUGUCUGAUAUCAAACAGUAUUUAAUAUUAAACGAUUUUCCCUCGGUUAAUGAGGCCAUUACACAAAACUCGAAGCUAUUCCGAACGAAGCAAGCAGAAUGUGAUCAGAAACUAAUGAGUCUUAGAGAUGACAUGGCUGCGGAUUUGUAUGAUCUGGAAGAGGAAUAUUACUCGUCAAUUUAUAAGUGACUGGACACCAUCUUGUGAGCGUGGUAAUUGUACUGGAGCGCUUUAGAUGUUCCAGAAACAUUAUUUUUCCACCCAUUUAACAUUGAAGUACCUGUGAAUUAUCUGUGAUGGGAUGAGGUAAUACUUGUAUAUGGACGCAUGAAGUGUUUUGUGUUAAUUGUGACUGAUCAUACAAUCAGUGCUUCUAAUAAAGAGUGUUUGUAAGGGCUCCAGUAUUGCCACAAGUUUUGUGGCAACUUUUUGUUCAACUGCAAACCAUAAAAUGGGUAUGACCUA